AUGUUUGGAAUAAAGAAACGCAGGCUGUUCGGUGUUCUUUCGGUACCGGUAAUUGUGGCACUGGUGUGCUGUGCUCAGAGCGCCAAUGAACCAGGCAACAUGUCAUUUGUCAAAGAGACAGUGGACAAACUGUUAAAAGGAUAUGACAUUCGCCUUCGACCUGACUUUGGAGGUCCUCCGGUAGCAGUUGGAAUGAGUAUAGACGUGGCGAGUAUAGACAUGGUGUCUGAAGUCAAUAUGGACUACACGUUGACCAUGUACUUCCAGCAGUACUGGAGGGACAAGCGUCUGGCCUACUCUGGGAUCCCCCUCAACCUUACUCUGGAUAACAGGGUAGCUGACCAGCUCUGGGUACCAGACACCUACUUCUUAAAUGACAAGAAGUCUUUUGUUCACGGCGUGACCGUGAAAAACCGCAUGAUACGCUUGCACCCGGAUGGUACUGUCUUGUAUGGACUAAGGAUAACUACAACAGCUGCAUGCAUGAUGGACCUAAGGAGGUAUCCUCUGGAUGAGCAGAACUGUACUCUAGAGAUAGAGAGCUACGGCUACACAACGGAUGACAUUGAAUUUUACUGGAAAGGAGGAAACAAUGCAGUUACGGGUGUGGCUCGCAUUGAGCUGCCCCAGUUCUCCAUCGUCGACUACAAACUGGUCUCCAGGAAUGUCGUCUUUUCCACAGGUGCCUACCCACGACUGUCUCUGAGCUUUAAGCUGAAGAGGAACAUCGGCUAUUUCAUCCUGCAGACCUACAUGCCCUCCAUCCUGAUCACCAUUCUGUCCUGGGUCUCCUUCUGGAUUAACUACGACGCCUCUGCAGCCAGAGUGGCAUUAGGAAUCACCACUGUGCUGACCAUGACCACCAUCAACACACAUCUGAGGGAGACGUUACCCAAGAUCCCCUACGUCAAAGCCAUAGACAUGUAUCUGAUGGGCUGCUUCGUUUUCGUCUUCCUGGCCCUGCUGGAGUAUGCCUUCGUCAACUACAUCUUCUUCGGACGUGGCCCACAGAUGCAAAAGAAACUUGCAGAGAAGGCAGAAAAGGCCAACAACGAAAGGUCAAAAUACGAUGGCAACAAGUGCCAAUGGCUGGUUGUUUCCAUUAAGGUGUCAAAAGACAGGACCUUAGCAAAUAAAACACUAUCAUCAGAAAUGGACUUAAAAGAUGACUUUGCUUACUUAUAUUUUGUUGGUUUCUGCUUGCAGGUGGACUCCCAGGGCAACAUCCUCCUGACCACGCUGGAGAUCCACAACGAAGUGGCAGGAAAUGAGGUCACGACCCAGACUUGCAAUUCCUCUUCCAUGGUGUUUGACAACUCAGGGAUCCAGUAUAGGAAGCAGAGCGCUCCGCGGCAUGAAUCUGGGAGACACAGCCUAGAGAGAAACGUGCAGCCCAAGAAGGCACGGCUACGCAGACGCUCCUCGCAGCUCAAAAUCAAAAUCCCCGACCUCACGGACGUUAACGCCAUUGAUCGAUGGUCACGGAUUAUUUUCCCAGCUGCUUUCUCUCUGUUCAAUCUAAUCUACUGGCUUUACUACGUGAAUUAA